CUCUCCCUCAUUUGAUUACCUUCGUUUCUUUUCUUCCUUCCUUAAGACGAAGACUUGAUUUGAUUGGCUGAAGUUCUCAUUCCCUCAUUAACCAUGGCAUCGAUUAAAACCAUUAAAGUCAGCAAUGUUUCUUUACGAGCUACUGAGCGAGACAUACACGAGUUCUUUUCCUUUUCUGGUGAUAUAGAAUAUGUUGAAAUGCAGAGUGACACUGAGGUGUCUCAAAUUGCCUAUGUUACCUUCAAAGAUUCACAAGGAGCUGAGACUGCUAUUCUUCUUUCGGGAGCUACCAUAGUCGAUCUGUCUGUCAACAUUUCGUUGGCUCCAGAUUACAAGCUGCCUGCAGCUGCUUUUGCGGUGCCUUCGGCUCCUGCAACUUUUGCGCCGCCUCCUCCAACGCAAAACAAAAACACUGCCGGUGCUGAUUCAACUAUUCGAAAGGCAGAGGACGUUGUCACAGGUAUGCUUGCUAAGGGCUUCAUCUUGGGAAAAGAUGCAGUCAACAAGGCAAAGAGCUUCGACGAGAAGCACCGGUUAACAUCAACAGCCUCGGCCAAGGUAGCAUCUUUUGACAAGAAAAUUGGCUUCACUGAGAAGGUAAGCGCAGGCACUAUUGUGGUGAGUGACAAAGUGCGGGAAGUUGAUCAGAAAUUUCAGGUCUCGGAGAAAACGAAAUCAGCUCUUGCUGCUGCCGAGCAAAAGGUCAGCAGUGCGGGAUCUGCCAUAAUGAAGAACAGGUAUGUAUUCACUGGAGCUUCAUGGGUAACCGGUGCUUUCAACAAGGUAGCAAAAGCAGCAGGGGACGUCGGGCAGGAAACAAAGGAAAAAGUGGGAGCAGCUGAGGAAGAACGAAAAAGAAAAGUGGUAGAUGACUUUGCUCAGAUUCAUCUAUCUGAUGAGUCCCCUAAUGCUUCUGAACCAAAUGAACAACAAAAACCCUCCAAGCAUGCACCUGCACAAGGGUUGAUCCUUUGAUAAUGCUCUUGUAUUUCCACCGAGGAAAAUCAAUCCCAUAGCAUUUCAUAUGAUUAAACUAUAUUCUUUGGCAGACUGUUGAGUGAAUUGAACUGAAGUUACAUUGUUGAUGGUGGUUUUCUUAUCUAAUUUUUAUA